AUGUCACCGGCGCGCAAGCAAUCGACAAACAAACAACCCGAAAGGCUUCCCAUUAUACAUUAUUCUAUCUUGAAAGACAAUGUUCUGCGAAAAAAGCUCAAAGACCUGGGUAUACCGAACUGGGGACCGCGACCCCUCAUACAACGGCGUCACACGGAGUGGAUGAAUUUGUGGAAUGCCAACUGUGACUCCAAAACACCUAAAUCCAAAAGAGAAUUGCUGAGCGAGUUGGAUAUUUGGGAGCGGACACAAGGCGGCAAUGCAUCUUCGCAACUGGAGAUGACGAAUUCGGUCAUGCGAAAAGAUUUUGACUCAGCCGCGUGGUCCACCGAUCAUGACAGUGACUUCAAGCGGUUGAUUGCAAAUGCUCGCAAACGAAGUGAGGCCCAAGUUCGCACAACGAUACCACAAACAUCUUCAGCACCAGAAGGUGCACCAGGAGAACCGGCCCCAGAGCAACUGCCCGAGCCUCCCGCUGCAGAAGUUGAGGCGCAAAAGCCGGAGGAGCAGACCUCGGACCCUGCGGGUAUCACCAAGGUCGCGGAAAACGAAGUCUGCGAAACUCAAGAGCCCAGUGAUGUCCCAGUAAUCGAUGCUCCGCAGUAG